AUGCGUCCCAUCAAUGGCACCGAUCACACCGGGCAUACCUGCGAUCUCCAUAAAGUUGCCUUUGAUCCUUUGCUGAUGGCGAUGAGUCCUCCAGCUCUCAGGACCAUAGGGAGGCCCCUCCACCAAAGAGGACAUGUGCUCAGAGAAAACAGGGAAAAGACUGAGAGGAUCAACAGCCUUAUCAACCAACUCUCACCUGAGGACUCGAAGGAGCUGCUGAAGAAGUUGGCAGCAGGGAAGGUGUUUGACUCUGCUGGUGCUCCCCAGCCUGAUCCUCAGCAUGAUGUGCCGAGCUGGUGUGUGUGUGUCAUCGGUGUUGCGAGAUGCCGACUGAUCUGGAGAGGAAGUGCUGUGGGAAUCACUCUGGACACUGCAUCAGCAUUAUGCCCAUAUGUAUUUAUACAGGAGAUGGACCAUUUCAUUUUGGACGAAGUAGUCCUUCACCUACAGAAGCUAUUACGAAAUGACUUCCUUGCACUCCAUACUGCUAUUGAAGAUGACGUCAGCAAGACCCACCACCAUGCAGCCUAUCGACAGUUUAUUUUGUGGCAGUAUGGCCGACUGACAGUAGGAGACCAUCAUGUGAUCCCCAGCUGUGCUGUCUGGAGAAUUCGUGACAAAUUUCCAGACAGCACAAACACCUACACUGGAUAUGUUCAAGGACUUCUAAACUGA